GGGAAGAAAGAGCGUGGUUUGACGGUUGAGAGAGCGAGAGCGAGCGAGAGAGAGAGCAAAAGCGAAAUCCGAGAGCUCAGGAAAGAAGAAAACUCACUAUGACCACCACAGUACCAAAGAUAUAUUCAUUUGCAGAGUUUGCCGGGGUUGCGGACGCCGUUGCCGACCAUGUUGUUGCUGCUCAGAACCAGGCAUUGACUAACAGUAUACCAUCGUCGACGCAUAACUCGUCCUCGUCCACUGGGCAGACGCCAAACGCCAGUUCGACGAAUCUCAAGAACGGGAAGAGCAAGAAAGAAAAGGUUGUAAAUAAGAGGUUCAAGAUUGCCAUCAGUGGAGGUUCCUUGAUAGGUGUUCUGAGCCAGGGUUUGCUGGAGAGAGAUGACGUUCAAUGGGGCAAGUGGGAUGUGUAUUUUGCAGAUGAAAGACUGGUUCCAUUUGAUGAUGAGAACUCUAACUAUGGUAAUGCUAAGCGUCAGAUCUUUGACAAGCUGGAAGCGAUGGGUAAGGAAAUGCCCCAGAUUUAUCAUAUCGACGAAUCCCUAUUGGACGAUGCACAGGAAUUGGCUGAUGACUAUGAAAAGACGUUAAUCAAGGGGUUCGCCAACAAGGACUCUGUGAGACUACCGCUAUUUGACCUGUUCCUGUUGGGAUGUGCACCAGAUGGACACAUUGCUUCAAUCUUCCCUAAUGACCAUGCCGUGCUGAGAGAGAAACUGGCGUGGGUUGUUCCUGUUGAAAACGCACCUUCGGGCCCAAAGAGAAGAAUAACGUUAACAGUACCGGUGAUUUGUCACUCACACCGUGUAACGUUUGUCGUUGAAGGUGCCGUUAAGGCUUCGAUCGUGAAAGUCAUCAUGGAGAGACCUGAAAAGGGGUUACCGGCAAGUGUCGUGAACGAGUUAGCUGCUGGGAGAGUAACGUGGUUUGUGGAUAAGGCUGCGCUAACAGAGACUUACCUUUGAUCCAAGAUUGAUCACAGCUGUUUAAUUCGUUGCUUUCCGGUUUAAUUUGUACGUUGUUGUUAUUGUUGUUGUUGUUAUGUUCUGACUUCCCUUUUGUACGUUAAUAGCUAGUC